AUGUUUGAGAGGCUGAAAGAUGAUGCAGAAACACCAUUGUAUAAUGGAUGCAUAAAGUUCACAAGAUUGAGUUUUGUUUUAAAGCUUUAUAACUUAAAAGCGUCGAAUGGAUGGAUUGAUAAGAGCUUCACAGAGCUGCUAAGUUUAUUACAUGAGAUGCUGCCGGAGGAUAAUGUGCUACCGAAGAGAACAUAUGAGGCUAAACAAGUACUUGCUUCCAUUGGAUUGACCCAUGAGAAGAUACAUUCUUGUCCUAAUAACUGCAUUUUGUUCCGAAAUGAGUAUGCAUCACUAAGGAGAUGUCCAAAGUAUAAUGCAAAGCAGAUGACUUGGCAUGCUGAAGGCCGAAUUAGAGAUGGAAAGCUUAGGCAUCCAGCAGAUUCUCUGCAGUGGAAAAAAUUUGACAAUGACCAUGAAGAGUUUGCAACUGAAACAAGGAAUAUACAUUUUGCAUUAGCUACCGAUGGAAUGAAUCCACAUGGCAUGCAAAGUAGCACCCAUAAUUUGAAGUUGUUGUGGGAUAAUGGCAUAGAAGUAUAUGACGGAUUUAGAGAUGAAAAUUUCAUUGUGAAGGCAAUGUUGUACGGAACAAUUAAUGACUUUCCUGCAUAUGGAAAUCUUUCUGGUUACAGCAUCAAAGGUCAAUGUGCAUGUCCAAUAUGUCAGGAAAAAACAGAUUAUAUAAGACUAGACCAUUGUCACAAAAAUGUUUUCAUGGGGCAUUGUAGGUGGUUGUCAAAAAAUCAUCCUUUUAGAAGAAUGAAAAAAGCUUUUAAUGGAAGUUGCGAAGUACGACGAUGUCCUUAUUUGAAGAGUGGAUCAGAAAUAUUUGAUGAGGUUAAACACAUAAGAACAACAUUUGGAAAACCUUUUACCAAACAAAUUCCAACCGCAAGUUGGAAGAAGUUGUCAAUUUUCUUUCAGUUACCGUACUGGGAAUCUUUAUACGUAAGACACUUUGUUGACGUUAUGCAUGUUGAAAAAAAUGUUUGUGAAAGUGUGAUUGGUACGUUAUUAAACAUCGUGGGAAAGAAGAAAGAUGGCAUCAAUGCAAGACUUGACUUGGUGAAGUUGGGAAUACGAUCCGAUUUGGCUCCAGUGAAGAAAGGAAAGCAGACUUUUUUACCGCCAACAGCAUGUACCCUGUCUAGAAAUGAGAAAUGUGCUUUAUGUGAGACUCUUUAUUCAGUCAAGGUUCCAGAGGGAUAUUCAUCAAACAUUAAAAGUCUUGUAUCACUUAAGGACCUAAAGUUAAAAGGUCUGAAGUCUCAUGAUUGCCAAAUAUUAUUAGAGAAUUUAAUUCCUGUUGCUAUACGAUCUAUUCUACCCAAAAAGGUUCGCAUGGCAAUCACAAAGUUGUGUUUCUUUUUCAAGGCAAUAUGUAGCAAAGUGAUUGAUCCUGGGAGAUUACCAAGUUUGCAAAACCAAAUAGCUGAAACUUUAUGUGAGCUGGAAAUGUAUUUUUUACUGUCAUUCUUUGAUAUAAUGGUUCAUUUGACUAUUCACUUGGUUGAAGAGACAAAAUUGUGUGGCCCUGUAUAUAUGCGAUGGAUGUAUCCCGUUGAAAGAUAUAUGAAGAUUUUAAAAGGGUAUGUUAAAAAUAGAAGCAAACCAGAGGGUUGUAUUACUGAACGAUAUUUAGUGGAAGAAGCAGUGGAAUUUUGUUCUGAAUAUCUGUCAAAUGUUGAAUCAUGUGGCAUUCCAAAAUCACGUCACCAUGGAAGGACUUUAGGGGAAGGUAGCAGUGGUUGUCAACAAAUAGAGGUCCCUAGGCUGCAAUGGGAACAAGCACACUUGUAUGUAUUACAAAACACCCCUAAAAUUGAACCAUACAUAAGCUUGCACAAAGAGACACUGAAGCGUAGAAAUCCUACCAGAGGUAAGAAUUGGAUAACAAAAGAACAUAAUGUGCGAUUCAUUGGAUGGUUACAAGAACGUGUUGGUGAACAGUUGAAACAGAGGAACACAUCAGUUUCAGAAUUGAUUCGAUGGUUGUCAAAAGGUCCUUGUAUUGAUGCCUUCUCAUACACUUCGUACUUAGUAAAUGGGUUCACAUUUUACACAAAACAGCAUGACAACCAAAGCACAAUGUAG